AUGAGCGAUGAAAGCAGUACUGAUACUCGGUCAAGGACCCCAUCUAUUAGCUCAAGGCAAUUUGUGAUCCCCGAAGAUGGUAUGACCACCUUAGAUAUCGAUAAUUCGACUCAAGAUAGCAUAGAAGCCGAGGGAUGGAACUCGGCGGAUCAAGACUCUUAUAAUAAUAGUAGCGAGGAUCAAGAAAGUUCUCAAAAUAAUGAUAACAGUCAGGCGACAUUACUAUCACAAUUGCUUCCUCAGAAUAAUACCUUUUUCACGGGAAAUCAAGUAACACCUAUGUUUGAUACUAGUAAAUAUUUAUUUGAAUCUCUUUGGCAGGCGCUUAAUGGCGUUGACUUUUCUGAAGCGAUAUCUUUGCAGACUAAGACAUCAGCGAUCGUUAAUUCUAAAAGUCGGGAACUAAUUAUGCUUAUAGAGGAGACUGAAGAGAAGCUGAGGUACUUCAGUGAGGUUUUUGACGUUGGUGAACAAACUGCGCGUAGGAUUAAGAAUAACUUAGAGGAUAUUACCCGGAAAGUUGACAAGAUUAAGCCCUUUCUUGGGCGAGACUUCCCUAUUGAAUAUAACCAAUCAAUGGAGAAGAUAUUCGACCGCACUCUCUAA